ACUCACACCGCACUACCCAGGUAUAUUACACACACCGCACCACCCAGGAAUAUCACACACACCGCACCACCCAGGAAUACACCAGGAAUAUCACACACACCGCACCACCCAGGAAUAUCACACACACCGCACCACCCAGGAAUAUCACACACACCGCACCACCCAGGUAUAAUACCACCCAGGAAUAUCACACACACCGCACCACCCAGGUAUAAUACCAUACCACCCGAGUAUAACAAACACCAUGCACAGGGGGGGACAAGGUGACAGCAUCCAGGUGACACACACCAUGCCGAUAUUCUGCAGACAGGUGCAGGACACACUCUGCAAUACAAGUCACCAACACAACUAACACACUCCAU